AUAACAAGUUUAACAGCCCAUCCUUCUAUUCACAUUAAACCAAUUUAAACAUAUUUCACAGACGUGAGUGCGUAUUGUUGCUAUCGUUAAAUUGUCGGUGGUGCGGGGGAUCUGACAUAUAUGCGGACUUUGAGAUACACGCAUUGAAAAUAUGGAAUUAAGAGAACUAUUGAAUGAAAUGUGUCAUUUCAUAGAUAAAGGUGUUACCAAUUUAUUAUUUCCGUUAUGCGUAUGCGCGUUAUUAGGAAUUCUUACAUAUAUGGCUCACACAUUUUUCCAAAAGCGUUUCAAAACACGCAAAUUUCAAAAUUUCAAAAAACAAGAUUAUCAUGAGGACAUUUCUUUUCGGAGCAGCGAAGUGAAGUUUUCUGAAACUAAUCUCAUUAAGAAAUCUGAAAUAAAUAUCGAGGGAUCAAUCGAAGGCGCAGAAAUAGAAUUACAAGAAGAUCAGCAAGAUUGUGCUACUGAGAUUGUGUCACAAACUGCAUCUCUGAGUAGCGUUAUGAAGUUAUCUGAAACCAAGUUUGCUGCAGUCAUUGAAAAAUCUGAAAUUAAUACCGGACAUAAAUUGGAGGACACAGAAAAGGAUAUAACAGAACACGAGCAAGAUUGUGCUAUUGAGAUUCUGGCACAACAUGCAUCUCUGAGAAGCGAAAUGAAGUCGUCAGAAACCCAGCUUGCUGCACUCGUUGAAACAUCAGUAAUUUAUACCGGACAUAAAUUGGAGAAAACUGUAAUGAAUAUAAAAGAACACGAGCAAGAUUGUGCGAUUGAGAUUCUAGCACAAACUGCAUCUCUGAGAAGCGAAAUGAAGUCUUCUGAAACCAAGCUUGCUGCAAUCAUUGAAACAUCUGAAAUUAAUAUCGGACAUAAAUUUGAGGACACAGUAAUUGAUAUAAAAGAACACGAGCAAGAUUGUGCGAUUGAGAUUCUGGCACAAACUGCAUCUCUGAGAAACAAAAUUAAGUCGUCUGAAGCCAAGCUUGCUGCGCUCAUUGAAACAUCUGAAAUUAAUACCGGACAUACAUUGGAAGACACAGCAAUGGAUAUAAAAGAAAAUCAGCAAGAUUGUACUGUUGAAAUUUUGUCACAAACUGCAUCUUUGAGUAGAAAAAUUGAUCAUCUAUUAGCCUUGAACACAGCGCUAAGACAAGACGAGUACAUUACAAAACGCCAUGAACUGAUCGAAGGUAUGAAGAAGCUGUACAAGGACAAAUUAAAUCACGUGGCCAUAUCUCCAUUGAAUGACAAUAUCGAUGUAAAAUUACACGAUGUUUAUAUGCCACCAAAAAUGUGGUUCAUGUGCAAGGACAAAGGGGGCUUUAGCAAAGCAGACAAACAGGUAAAAUCGUACAAGGAUGUUUUUUUAACAGGUGACAAUGUGCACCGACGAAUAUUUCUUGAAGGAGAGGCAGGUACUGGAAAAAGCACAUUCUUAGCAAAGUUGGUUCUGGACUGGUGUAAACACACGCCUAGUCAAAUGGAGUCUUCAAACUACACGGAUUUUAAAACAAGUGAGUUACGCAUAGGCGAUCGUACUAAGUCAAGCACAUUCUCAGAAGAUUCUGAAAAAUCGUAUAUGUCGAGCCAAUCCUUGGAAACUUCUGAACAAAUGCAUAUUUCAAGUGCAUCUGAAAACAGCUCACAUAUGUUUGCUGAUUUAGGCUUACUGCAAGACUAUGUAUUCGUUUUCCAUAUAACAUUGCGAAAUUCCGUAAAACAGUUGGACGUUUUUAAUAUGAUAAAAGAACAAAUAAUAGAUUCGAUAUUCUACUCACAGGAAGACCGUGAAAAGGCUUACAGACUAGUGAAUGAGAUCAUGAAAUUUGAACGUUGCUUGGUACUAUUGGAUGGUCUAGAUGAGUGGACCGGACCUGGAGAGCCUCACAACAUACCGAAGUUGGUAGCAUUGCACAGCCAAUGUGUGCUGUUAAUUACAACACGACCUUGGAAACUGGCUGUUGGGAAAAUUAGGCAUUCUGACAUCGAUGCAUUGUUUCAACUGGAAGGAAUAAAAAAUCCGUUUGAGCUUAGCAGAAUCAUCCUGAGCCGUUUGGUAGAUAAGGAAGAGCUUGAAACAAAAUACUCAGCAUUUAAGCGUUACAUAGGGAAACGGAAGCUCGACAAUUUACUCUCAUCUCCAAUGAUGCUCUCUGCAAUUGUCUGUUCUUUUGCAGAAGGAAUAGAACUCAAAGGCUCUAAAUGUGAAAUUUACGUCCUCUUAUUGGAGAGUCUUUCUAAGAGAGGGAAUCCCGAAAUAUCCACAUUUGAACAGCCCGCAUUUCUGUGUUUCACCGGGACUCAACAUAUACAGCCCAAUAUCGAACGCCUUAAUCGACUUGCCGAAUUAGCAUUUUAUUUGUUGUUUGUUAGUAAAAAGGAAAAUUCAGUUGUUUUUAGUGAUAGAGAAUUAAAGAGGUUUAAUAUAAAAGAACAUUAUGACUUUGCAUUUAAAUCUGGAAUUUUAUCGGCAAAAAGAAAUACUUCUACACUGUAUUUAUCUUCAUCAUUUAUGUUUAUCCACUUGAGCAUGCAGGAAUUCCUCGCCGCUUAUCAUAUCGCUCGCAAUACCAAUCUUAUCGAUGUCGUUAUCGAUGUCGUUAACCGUCACGAGGAUGCAUAUCACGAAAUAUCACAGGUGUUUAUAUUCCUGUGUGGACUUGGCCCAUCUGCUGCGAAAAGGCUAUCAAGCAUGAUGGAUGAACGCGUUGCUUUGAAUCAACCCGAUGAAUAUGGCUAUCGGAGUCACAGAAUGUUUCAAGAAAUUAUACUGGCAGGACACCAAGAAGCUGUUGCUAACGGACAUAACGCUAUUUCUCUCAAACUUAGUCACUUCGAUAUCUAUCGGGACAACUUCAUCGACCUACAAAGCAUUUGGACAAAUAACACUGCAACUGUCAUUUCGAUGCACGUUUCCAGCUAUGGCAUAAACAACUUUGUAAACAGACGAACUAUACCUGCAAACGAUGCGCCUUCAUCUGAUUUUAAGUUAGACUUAAAUUCGUGCUGCAAGCUGAAACGAUUACAUCUACAGGGACCUGGCGUAUUGCUAACAGAUUCUGUCAGUUCGGCAUCAUCGAAUCUUCCGGUCUGGAUUGUUCUCAACAGUGCCGAUCAAAACAAGUGCGUAAACUCUCCUACGGUGCUGUCUUAUAUCGAACACAUUGAAUUGGACUGGGUCACAUGUUCCUCUACCUGGCUACGCAGUCUGCUCAGUAUGCUGCUUACACUUGAUCAUAAGGUUGAAUGUAAGCUGAGCGGUUGUCACAUUACCUCGGUUGAAAAAAGUGCAGUCAGCACACCUUAUGAAGAAAUUUGCGUGACGACUGAUGAUAACAAAACAGUAGCAAUGAGUCUCCAGACGGGCGACAUUCCCGAUGGUCUUUUGAAGGCCAUCCAUGGCCAGGAUAUCAAGAGUCUGAGUCUGCUUGGUUUGGAGGAAGUUAAUCAUGCAGAGUCAUUGUCUCGGUCUCUAUCAUCGCUCACACAGUUAGAAACCCUCAUACUUUAUUCGUAUACAUACAUCGCCUUACAACUACCUCAAUCACUGAAAUAUGUUAAUUUGUACUGUGUGACAUUGUUUCCCUCAAAACUACGCGACCUUGUGGACACAAUAUCUACAUGCACUCAUACGAUUGAGAUUAAGCUAGAAUUUGGUUGUGUUUCUAGUUCUCAUCACCCAGAACGAAUUCCUCUACAAGAAUACAUUCCAAUAAAACAAGAAUUGGAGGCAAGGAAGAAUGUCGAAGUUAAACGAUUCCGAAUUUAUGAAUGGACACGAAAAUCCGAUUCGUAUUAUUGCAUUGAUUCUGAUUCUAAUUCUGAAAAUGAGUUGGAUGAUGAUGAUAUUGAUAGUGAUGAGGUUGAUGCUUAUAUUGACGACGAUGAUGAUGAUGAUGAUGAUGAUGAAGACAAUUAUGAUGAGGGUGAUGAUAAUGAUGAUGAUAAUGAUGUCUUUGACAUGACUGUACGUGAUAUGGUUUGUUGUGAUGACGCUGCUUACGAUGACUUUAUCGAUAAAGAUGAUGCUUAUGAAAAAUUCGCUAAACGCAUGAAAACAGGCAAAAUAAAUAAAAUUUCAAUACGACUUAAGAUAGAACCAACUCAUCUUCAUUCUUCGUAAAUAAUUGUAUGUUUUAUUUAAUAUUACGAGCAAUGAUUUUAAUGUCUUAAAGUGUGUGUGGUACUUGUUUGAUAUUAUGGGUAAAAGGAUGCUGUUUUUUUAUUCUAUACAUAAAAAUAAGCAAUAACAUUAUGCUAAAAGUGUGUUAUUAAAUUUCAAAAAAAAGUAUUUGACAAGAAGAUAUAGAAACGAAGAAUAUUUCGAUUUCAAAACGAUUUAAGUCUAAUUUGUCAUUACCACUUGGGGAAUCACGUGAUCACAAACGUACAUCGUACGCACAAAAUAACGGAAAAAACUCUCUUAAUAACGAAAAUCAAGGUAUUCUCAUAUUUUAUAAUAUCAAAUAAAUGAUAACUAUGCGCAGAGUACCCGCUUAGUCGCCUUAUGUACUCUGGUAAUUGUCGUUUUGUCUUAGAUUUCUGUAGUUUUCUCAAACAUUCAGGAACAAUAAACAAUGAAAAUUGUACAUCGUCUGAACAUACUUUUUUUGGACGUGUUUGCUAUUCAAGACGACGAAAUAAAUACAAUAUUUUUUGCUUUAUAACAUGCUUAGAAUAUUUCGUACAAGGUUUUGCGCGUUGUUUAAGCUUUUUUAGAUAUGUGGCGAAGAAUUUGGAAAAUAGUGCAUCGUCUGAACGUUUGUUGUUUGCGUACAUCGUAUGAACGGUUUUGAGUACAUCAUCUGAACUGCUUCUGUUUGUACUUGUAAUGCGAUGUUUAUCAUAAUAAAAUUAUUAUAACAUAUGUGAUCAGCCAAGCGAUUUUUCGUCCAAAUGACGUUCCGUUCUAUGAUCAGAAAACACACAAUCCUGUGUUAUUUUACAUGUUUACAUAGUGUUUAAUUUUAUUAAAUUAAAUUUAUGAAAUUGAAUACAAGUCACGCUCGAAAAAGUGUGCGACUUUCUCAUUAAGCGAGAGCUUUUUCGCCAUUUUGUGCGUACGAUGUACUUUUGUAAUCACGUGAUUCCCCGCAGUGAUUACAUUCUUUAACAAUUAAAUAUGUUUAGUUUCCACCCAUCUUUAAACAAAUCUAUUCGUCGGAGCUUUUUUGUUGACUAUUUAAAUCAACUAAAUGACGUUAAUAACGCUAAAAAGAAAUUACUUCUGCCAUGAGGUGAACAUUCAAAUCGAGGAAUAGUAUAACGCGCUGUUAUUUGUUGCGACACAUCAAGUGGCAUACCAAAAUCCAAAAAAACUUUAUAAUUACAUAACGUUGAUAUUUUGUGUUAAUGUUAUUCUAGAUGUUUCAAUUUAGUGAACUUCUCUGUUAAAAUGCAUUGUACAAUUAGGAAUAUUUUGAUACAGUUGUACAAACUUGUUUUUAAGCAUGUGCAUUUACCUGCACAUGCUUCAAACAAUUUUCAAAGCAUUUGAAUACACGUGUAAAUAUUGCAUCAUAUCAAUGUGUUGGUUUUCUUCUUGUCUUGAAAUUUCAAACCGCUUCAUGUUUUAAAAUGUAUCAUAUAUUAUUAUGUAUUAUAUGAUUUUGUACCAAGUGCUUAUAAUUUUGGUCGUUGGCAAGAACA